AUGGAAACGACUUCACUGCGUGAACAAGUUUCUGAACACAUAACAGAGUUCUCAGACUAUAUACGGAAAUACUUCUUGGCGCUCUCGGCCGUAGCAGAGAAUAAUAUAGCGGUUGACAAAGUAAAUAGCCCAGAGGAAAUAGCAAAGCAGAUGGCGCUCGUGGACAAAAAACUUCAGCUUGCUGUAGAAGAAAUUGAGAACCAUCAAAUACGGCAAAGGCAAAUAAUUGAUGUCCAGGAAGAAAUUCAACAACACAAUCUUGCAUUAUUAAACUUAAUACAAAAUUUGGGAUCUGUGCGGGAAGACUUGGAUAAGUCUUUGGCUAAAGCAAAAAUAGAAUUAAAGGCUAUCAAGUAUGCAAAUGAAUCUCAGGUACAAUUUACAGAUGUUCUAUCAUAUGCUUCAAAAUUGGCAAAAUAUACCUCGGCACCACCAAACUUUGACCUCGCUGCCAGGGAUGUAAGAGUGGAUUUUGAAAAGCCUUAUCCGGAUGAGGAAAGAAUGCGCCGUGGCCUACUUUAUUGGCAAAACACACCUCGUCAAGAAACAGAAGAAAAAUUUGAAAGAAGUGAUAGUGAUGAAUCUGGAGUAGAAGAGAUGGAAGAUAUCGACAUGACUAAACAAGCAGAAGAUACAGGUGGUGAUCAAUUCUGGGUGCUAGACCUAAAUCCAGACAUGCAGACAUAA